AUGGCCGAAGCCCUCGCUUUGCUGGGUGCAGCAACUGCGGCUGCCCAAUUUGCAGAGAUAGGCUUCAAGGUUGUCUACAAAUGCAGUGUGCUUGUAAAGGAAAGCCGAGAAUAUCCAGAAUUCCUUCAGAGAACACGCACCCAAAUACACCAUCUAAUAUCUCUGGCUAAAGUAGCCGCAGAGAACACGGACACAUCUCAAGUUGUCACGUCUUCUGAAGUACAGCCUGCCACAAGCGAGAACCAACAACGCCAAUUUGUGAAUGAUCAGCAUUCAGUUCAAUUGGAAGCUAUCUGGAAAGAUUGUUCUCAUCAAGCCGAGAUCAUUGACACGGCCCUUCAGAGUAUGAAGCAAGAGGUUGAAGGUAGAGGUGGUAUAGUUGGACAAUGGAAAAAGCUUCGUCUGCACCCGCUAAUACAAACCAUUCAAAAGGCCCUUGGUGAGUUGGAAAGAUGCAAAGCAACGCUGGGCUUAUAUCUUGGGAACGAGUCCCUGUCUCGAAUGGGGCAUAUGCAUCACGAUGUGGCAUCGAUCAAUGACAAAUUUGUGCAUCUCGAGGAAUUUUUAUCUCAUAUGUUCGAAGAAUAUCACAAGAAGACCGAGAAUGUAGUCCUAGACGCGAUUCAACAAGCACAAACAGCCGAGUCUUCGGAUUUGAAGACCUACAACAUACAGGAGAAGUCCUCUAAUCCCCAGAGAAAUACACAGCGCAACGAGGCUAGCAUGGUUGUGCCCUAUCCAGAAAACCAGGGACGAAAUCUAAACAACGCAAACCUUUCCUUUCCUAGGAAAAGAAGAAAAGACGUUAUAGACAACUCCAAUAUUUUCUUUUCUUAUUUCAAGAGGGUUGAGUGGAGUAAAAUGCUCACUCUCGCAGGCAACACUGUCAUUCUUCAAUUUGGGAGUCUAAGCAAAAAGCCUUUCGCAUCAGCCACUGAAGAUGACAAGAAUAAGUUUUUGAAUUGUUACCUACGAUUACGAACGGCUUGGCUUUUUGACUUGGUGGAAUUUAACUUUUCGUUUCAGCAAUAUCCAUGUGCUCCGUCAGUACAAGUCUCGCUCAAGGCUCUCACACGAGUCAAGUCCUUACCGCUAGAAACUUUCUUCAAAGAUAUUUACGGUGCGAGGUUUCCACGGAAUAAGCCCUUACAAAAGACAGUAAUUCCUUCUGAAGAGGAGCAAACUCGUUUGUUUACUGUUGCGCGAAAAUUAUUACUGAAAAGGUUUUACGCUGGCGAUGCUUCUCCAAGUUAUACUAAUGCAAACGGAGAAACACUGCUUCAUUUUCAAACUCGGCUAUACAAGCCUGGAUAUAAGGUUUUUUUCACAAAGAUGAUCGAGCUUUUGACAUCAAUGGGCGUCGGUACCGAAGUGGUAGAUGAUGAAUUGCAAACUGCACAGAAUAUACUGUGCAAUAAAAUUUUACGCUCUGAAGAUCCUCCGUCUGGUACUUCACGCACCUUUGCAGAUGAACCUCCGCUACCAUGGACUGGCUAUUCAGAACUACGCUAUAUGGGAGCGUCGAAGAUCCUCCAAUGUAUCCAGUUAUGGCCAGAAUCAAUAAUAGAUACAGGCUAUGAACGAAUAUACGAUAUUGUUUUGCGAAAGUCUAUAGACGAUCUGCAAGAUUUUCGAGCACAGGAAGAUCUAGAUACAAUGCGGAGAGGCCAGUCAAUUUUUCCCCUGCAUUUUGCAGCUGCAGCCUCAUGGUCCGAAGGAGUUAAGACUUUGAUUUCUAUGGGCUACCCGAAAUUUCAAGAAGAUAUCAACGGAAGAACCCCCCUCGAUAUCGCCAUCGAGGUUAAAUGUACUCCUGCCGUCGAGUUUCUUUUAGCGGGUGACUGCCUAGAUUUCCUCGCCGCUUCUGAACCAAGUCUUCCCCGUGAAUUUCGAAAAGCAGCGGAAAGCGAUGACUCUGAUCUUCAUUAUAUUGUCAUUAAAUGCUUAUUGCGACAUAAGUUCCUCUUACCAAGGUUCUUACCGUACCACUGGUUGGCGUACGCUUUUUGGUACAAUAAUUUUGAAAAUGGUACCAAAUUCAUACAAAGGCUUUUCGUUGCUGGGUUUCAGGAUAUUGACGCUUAUAAUGACUAUGGGUACACCCCCUUAAUGGUCGCUUGUGGGAAUGGCAAUACAAUGAUGGCAUCGUUUUUAUUGGAGCACGGAGCUGACCCCUACAAGUGCCACGAACGUGUCGAUCUCAGAGCAGUUCACUUUUUCUGCUAUUCCAGAUCAAUAUCCUUAGAUGGGGGUUUGUAUGGUGGCACAAUAACGCCAAGAUUCAAAGAUGUUGAAAGGAGACUACUGAAAACGGCACUCGAUACUCCAGUCGAUAUAGGAUCCCGUUGUCGCUGCUCUCCAGAUGGUCUUAGUCCUAUUAUUAUAUUGUUUCAAAGUUGGAAUUAUUCUUUUAGGAAUAUAGCCAACCGGAAAAGGAUUUUCGAGAGUUUUAUUGAAACUAUCGACCCCUCAUUUGCCGAUAGAAAGAAGUAUUGGCGUGCAUUUGUUGUGGGUGAAACAUUUAAUCGGCUUGGAAUGACUCAUACUUGCAUCAAAUUGGAAAAUAGAAUUCGGUCUUUUCCCGACAACGAGAGAAUUAAGAUUGAAGACGAAGAGGAAGGCCUCUUCUCUGAGCUGGAAGAAAUAGUUGCUCGGUUUGAUCUAUACUCGGAGAAUUUCGGGGAUGAUCUCUCCAGAUGCGUGGACGAUUUUUUUGACGACCUUGACGGCGAUAUUCGAGUAGCGUGCCGAUUCGAACGUCAUUCAUGGCUGUACAGUAUAUACACUGUAUUUGACGAUGGUUUGCUGGGAGAAUACUCAUUUGAGGGUGAUUUUGUGUCUACGCGAGGACGUCUGAUGAGAUACGGUUACAAAGAAAUCGUCAAGGAGGAGUCAAUGCUGCGUUUAUUAUUCUCGUGA